CCCGCCUGCCUGCCUGCCCGCCUGCUGCAGCUCGUUGCCUGCCGCCGCCGCCGCCAGGUUGUGCCUCAGACUGUCAGAUAAAUCGGCGGACUGGGUCGGCGGGGCGGUGAUCACUGCCGGGGUCGGACAUGGCGGCGCUCUACGCCUGCACCAAGUGCCACCAGCGCUUCCCCUUCGAGGCGCUAUCUCAGGGGCAGCAGCUGUGCAAGGAAUGUCGGAUUGCACACCCUGUUGUGAAGUGCACCUACUGCAGAACUGAAUACCAGCAGGAGAGGGUUUCUCUAUGUAGCUCAGGCUGGCCUCGAACUCAUCUCCUCCUGCCUGUGUCUCCUGGCUGCUGGAAUUGUAGUAAAACCAAUACAAUAUGCAAGAAAUGUGCUCAGAAUGUGCAGUUGUAUGGAACGCCCAAACCUUGUCAGUAUUGCAACAUAAUUGCAGCAUUUAUUGGCAAUAAAUGCCAGCGCUGCACAAAUUCAGAGAAGAAGUAUGGACCACCAUAUUCCUGUGAACAGUGCAAGCAGCAGUGUGCGUUUGACAGGAAAGAUGACAGGAAGAAGGUAGAUGGGAAAUUGUUGUGCUGGCUGUGCACACUGUCAUACAAACGUGUCCUUCAAAAGACUAAAGAGCAGAGGAAACACCUGAGCAGUUCUUCUCGUGCCAGCCAUCAGGAGAAGGAGCAGUACAGCCGCCUGAGUAGUGGCAGUCAUUACAACAGCCAGAAAACACUUUCUACAUCUUCAAUUCAAAAUGAAAUCCCAAAGAAAAAAUCCAAGUUUGAAUCAAUCACAACUAAUGGAGACAGCGAUGCUUCCUCUUAUGAACUACUUUGUCCUAAUAUCCAGAGUGCCCCGUCCGUGUUUGUGCAGUGGGCUGCCUCCCAACAGAGUCUUGGGGCCAACCAUUUUCCUGUUCCUCCAGGCCCAGGCAUCCUGAACUUUUCCCCAGACCUGGCUCUGGACUCACCAGGCACUGAUCACUUUGUCAUCAUUGCCCAGCUGAAGGAAGAGGUGGCUACUUUGAAGAAGAUGUUGCAUCAGAAAGAUCAAAUGAUCUUAGAGAAAGAGAAAAAGAUUACAGAGUUGAAGGCUGAUUUUCAAUACCAGGAAUCUCAGAUGAGGGCCAAAAUGAACCAAAUGGAGAAGACCCAUAAAGAAGUCACAGAACAAUUACAGGCCAAAAACCGAGAGCUCCUGAAGCAGGCAGCUGCCUUGUCUAAGAGCAAGAAGUCGGAGAAGUCAGGAGCUAUAACCUCUCCAUGACAAGACCACAAGAGGCCCCCAGCACCAGCAGAUGGAGCUGUCCUGGGUUAGGGUUGGAGACCUGGCUGUUCUCUGGGAAUUGCAAGCUUUCUUAAGAAAUCUCUAUUUUAUUACAGUUAUCCUUCUUUGUGUGAUUGUAGUGGGCUGAAUGGAAACAUCUUGUUUGUUUUGUGUUUUGACUGCAUGCUUGAGCAUUUGGGGUUUCAGGCUCUUUCUCUCAUACUGCUCCUUUCCUCUCUUCCUUCUCUUCCUCUCCUUCCUACCUCUGUCUGUCCCUCCCUCCCUCCCUCUC